AUGGCCGAUACCGAACCUCGCAAACGUCGCCGGCCCGCCAAAUCGUGUGAGCAAUGCCGCCAACGCAAGGUUCGCUGUGACCGUAAUGUGCCCUGUGGACCUUGCACACGAGCUCGCUCCUCUCUGGGCUGCUCUUAUCGCCGGGAUAGUCGUUUUUCGACACCCGCUGAUCACCAAGCGUCUCCCAUUAUCUCGCAUGAGCCGCAGCGCAAUGCACGGAGCUACCCGCUGCCAUCUAGGAUGCCAGAGGGCUCAACGGGAUCCCUGGGCGAGACACUGCACAUCGAACCUCGAUGUGGUAGCAAAGAAUGCGUCUCAUCGCAGCUUGGAUCAACGAUCCGUGAUCUCCAGCUCCGUCUACAGCGUCUGGAGGAACGACUAACCGACACGGACAUAGUACGGCCACCGGCUCCGGAACCUGAUAUCCAACAGGCACUUCGAGAGCUGUGCGACAAGGUCCAGAGCCUAGAACAGCGGCUACUAUUAUGCACGGAUUCACCUCAAGCACCGAAAGGAGAACUAUCCAUUGCUGCAACGCCUCCUCGACUGCACACCAGUUCGAGGAAGAUGAAGCUGUUCGGUCCGACUCAUUACAUGCACACGAUGGAUAAGCUCCAACUCGUAGGCUCACUGGAAACCAGGGGGCCCCAGCCAUUAUGCCCCGAGCUCAAGGCAGAGCUGACUGCUCAAACCAAAGAGCUCCGUCUUCUCCGUGGAUCAGUCAAGGCAGCACAGAGUCCCCGGCUAAAUGACCCUGUGCCAGACUUGCUCUCUACCAUCCCAACCAGAUCCGUAUGCGAUGAGCUGGUGCAAUGCUACCUGCGGACGUUCGAAGGCGUCUAUCGCAUCGUGCACAUACCAUCCUUCAAUAAGGAAUAUCAGCAGUUCUGGGACCAACCUCUAGCAGCUCCUACUCCAUUCCUCAUGAAUCUGGCGUUGAUCCUCGCUAUAGGCACGACCUUCCACCCACAGCGAGGCAAAGCUGGCAAAGAAUACGAUACCCAACUCAUCCAGACCUGGAUCUACGCCGCCCAGUGGUGGCUCACAGGACCAACCGAAAAGGACACCUUCAAUUUGGACGGACUCCAGAUCUUCUGCCUACUCCUCCUCGCCCGCCAAAUGGGAUCCCCAGGCCCAUCUCUAUACCUCUCAGCCGGCUCCCUCCUGCAGACAGCCACAGCCAUGGGCCUGCACCGAGACUCGGCCUACUUCCCAUCUCUCCCACCAUUCCAAUCCGAAAUGCGAGCUCGUCUCUGGGCCACCGUUCUCGAACUGACCCUUCAGUCCUCGCUCGACUCCGCCUCCCCUAUCACGAUCCCAUACUUCGACACCAAGCCCCCAUCCAACUUCAACGACACCGACAUCAACCCAGACAUCAAGCCACUCCCCAACCCUCACCCCAGCACCACCCACACAGACACAUCCCUCCAACUCCUCCUCAACGCCUCGUUCUCCCUACGCGCCGAAACCAUCCACCUCAUCCACAGCCCCGACAGAAUUCCUUACCAAAAGGCCCUCGACCUCGCCACCAAACUACGAACAACCUGCCACACCAUCACCACCUUCUUCCAAUCCAACACCACCACCACCACAUCCCCAUUCCACAAAUCCCACCUCCUCACAACUCUAAACCGCUACAUCCUCCACUUGCACCUCCCCUUCGCCCACGCCGCCUCAACCACCCCACAAUACCACUAUUCCCGCAAACUAUGCCUCGAAUCCGCCCUCACAAUCGCCUCUUUCGCCCCAUCCUCCUCUACUUCAAUCCCAAUACCCCUCGACGACUUCCCCCUCCUAACCCUCACAGCCCGCGGCCCCCUCCGCGGCCCCCUAAACCUCGACAUAAUCUGCACGCUGGCCCUAGAACUCAUCACCCAGAUAGAGGAGGCCCCAGCAGUCCCAAAUACUACUACAGCACCUAAUCCUCUAACCCUCCUAUCAUCCACAAUACGAGCCCCCAUCCUCCAAACGCUCGAGAAUCUUGCCCUGCAGAGCGCACACGUCCUCAGGAUGCAUGGUAAGUCGCCGGCGCUGAAACGGUAUAUUAUUUCUGAGGCGCUGGUGGCGCAGAUUAGGGCUUUAGAGGAUGGUGGUGGUUGUGGGGAUGUGCAGGGUGUGGUGUAUGAGGCUGUGAGGGGGUGUUUGCGGGAAGGGGUGGGGAUGUUGAAAGGGAUGGAGAGGGAGGGUAGAAAUGGAGAUGGAGAUGUUGGUUCGUUGGGGAUGGGGAUGAUGGUCACGCCGGAUAGUGCUGGUGGUGCUGUUGGGGGGUCGGAUGAGAUGGGGUUGGGGAUUGGGAUUGGAAUGGAUGAUCUUGAGGGGUGGGAUUUGGCGAGUUUUUUGUAUGCGCCUGGGUUUGUGGAUCUGGGAGGUUGGUAG